AUGAGUAGCUUUCGUGUAUUAGAUUUGGUGAGGCCAUUCGAGCCGUUUGUCCCCGAAGUGAUUGCACCAGAGAGAAAAGUGUCAUUUCAACAAAGAGCGAUGUGGACAGGUGUAACAUUGUUAAUAUUUUUAGUUAUGUCAGAGAUUCCAUUAUACGGGAUUACAUCAAGUGAUUCUAGUGAUCCUUUGUUCUGGUUGAGAAUGAUGUUAGCAUCAAAUCGUGGUACAUUGAUGGAAUUAGGAAUUUCACCAAUUGUUUCCGCGGGCAUGGUUUUUCAACUUUUACAAGGUACAAAAUUAAUUCAUGUUGACAUGAAUAACAAAGCAGACAGAGACCAGUUCCAAACAGCUCAAAAGCUUUUUGCAAUUCUUUUAGCAAUUGGCCAGGCUACCGUUUACGUCUUGACGGGGAUGUAUGGACCACCAAAAUCUUUAGGACUUGGAGUGUGUCUCUUAUUAGUAUUGCAAUUGGUCUUUGCAGGUAUUAUUGUCAUUUUAUUAGAUGAACUUUUACAAAAGGGUUAUGGUUUAGGUAGUGGUAUUUCCUUAUUUACUGCAACAAAUGUGUGUGAACAAGUUUUUUGGAAAGCAUUUGCACCAACAACAUCAAACAGUGGUAAAGGAACCGAAUUUGAAGGUGCGGUUGUUGCAUUAUUUCACUUAUUGGGCUCCCGUAAAGACAAAAAGAGGGCUUUGAUAGAAGCCUUUUAUAGGUCAAAUUUGCCAAAUAUGUUUCAAUUGCUUGCAACCAUUGCUGUUUUCUUUAUCGUCGUUUAUUUGCAAGGAUUUAGAAUUGAAUUGCCAGUUAAAUCCACAAGGCAAAGAGGUCCUUACGGCUUAUAUCCUAUCAGAUUAUUCUAUACCUCAAACAUCCCAAUCAUGUUGCAAAGUGCUUUAUCAUCGAACAUAUUUAUCAUCUCACAAUUGUUGUACGUCAGGUGGCCAAAUAAUAUUUUUGUAAAAAUUUUGGGAACCUGGGACACUAGACCAGGAGCUGCUCAAUUGUUUGCUGUCAAUGGUAUUGCUUACUACAUCCAACCCCCAUUUUCAUUUACCGAUGUCUUAUUAGAUCCUAUCAAGACUGUGAUUUAUAUUUCGUAUGUUUUGGGGUCUUGUGCUCUCUUUUCAACUACGUGGAUUGAAAUCAGUGGUACAUCGCCAAGGGAUGUUGCGAAACAAUUUAAAGAACAAGGUCUUGUAAUCGCUGGUCAUAGAGAGACUUCUGCCUACAAGGAAUUGAAAAAAAUUAUUCCAACUGCAGCAGCUUUUGGAGGUGCAACAAUUGGUGCAUUGUCAGUAUUUUGCGACUUCAUGGGAACUUUAGGUUCAGGGACUUCGAUUUUGCUUGCAGUAACCACCAUAUAUGGUUAUUAUGAUUUGGCCAUGAAAGAAGGCGGCUUUGGCAAAACCCCAAUUAGUAGUUUCGCAGAUGGUUUGUGA